AGAUAGAAUUUUCCAAAACUUCGCAGAGACGACUUACAUCUCUCUCCUGAUUUCAUUCUCCUCCUCUCUGUUUGAGAUAAGGGAAUUCUCUCAGAUAUCGGGAGGGGGAAGAGAAAGAAAGAAAGUGAAAUUCAAGAAGGGGAGAAUCAGAAAGGGUGAUACAAAAUGGAUCAAAUACUCAACAAGGUGGGGUCUUAUUGGAUUGGCCAAAAGGCUAAUAAGGAGAUUGGCUCCGUCGGAGAUGAUAUCAACUCAUUGUCAACCAGCAUUGAAGGAGGAGCCAAAUGGUUGGUUAACAAAAUAAAAGGAAAAAUGCAGAAGGCAUUACCGGAGCUUCUAUCGGAGUAUGGCUUGCCAGUAGGAAUUUUCCCCCGUGAUGCCACCAAUUAUGAGUUCAAUGAAGAGACAGGAAAGCUUACUGUCUUCAUUCCUUCCAUAUGCGAAGUUGGCUACAAGGACUCAUCUGUCUUGCGCUUUUCUACUGCUGUAACUGGGUAUCUGGAGAAAGGGAAGCUAGCUGAUAUUGAAGGUAUGAAGACGAAGGUUGUGAUUUGGGUGAAAGUGAGCUCUAUAUCUGCUGAUGCAUCAAAGGUCCAUUUUUCAGCUGGGAUGAAGAGAAGCAGGAGCAGAGAUGCUUAUGAGGUUCUUCGGGAUGGUGUAAGUGUGGAUAAGUUCUAGUCUUGCUAGUAUGGUCUUCUAAUAUGUCUUAUAUGUUUGUUUUGUGGUAAAAAUUCUGUCCUGCCAUAUGGACUUUCUCACCUGCAUCCAAUGUUCAUAAUUGUAUAAUGCUUACCGCUUGAGUUUACUUUACUUUUUUUUUUUUGAUUGUGCUGGUAAGUUGAAUCAUCCCAUAAUAUUUUAUCCUAGUUAGUGUGGUUUUCUCCAA